AUGCCGGACAUCAUCUUCACAGACAAAGAUUUUCAUGCCCCAGAUCCCAACCAAGAUGAUCCAAUGGUUAUAACCGCUCGCAUAGCACAGUACGAUGUAAGUAAGGUUCUGGUGGAUCAUGGAAGUUCCGUCAACAUCCUAUAUUGGACUACCUUCCAAAAGAUGGAACUAUCAGAAGAUAUGAUAACACCCUUCGGAGAGCAAAUUGUUGGGUUUGCAGGAGAACGGGUGGAUACUCGGGGAUAUCUUGAUCUCAGAACCCGACUAGGAACUGGUGACAGGGCCAAAGAACUCCGCACGCGGUUUCUGUUGGUAGAANCCCAUACCUCAUAUAACGCCCUCUUAGGGCGGCCGUGCCUCAAUGCCUUCGGNGCCAUAGUUUCUACUCCUCACCUGGCGAUGAAAUUCCCUUCGGAGGACGGGAANAUAUGUACCGUUCGGGCAGAUCAGAAAACCGCUCGGCAAUGUUACGCGGCUGCUUUGAAGGCUAAGCCGUAUNUUAAAGAAAAACGGUCUGAAGCAAUACUGGUCGAUUUGGAUCCUAGGACCAAUACUGAUGACCGCAUCCAACCCCAGGGGGAAACCAAACAGUUCAUCCUCGNNAAAAAUGCCNACCAAACCACCUNCAUUGGCGCCGGCCUGACGCCNGAACAAGAAAAAGACCUGACCACACUGCUGAAGUCAAACAGCAAACUUUUUGCAUGGACCGCCUCUGACAUGCCAGGAAUUCACCCCAGUGUAAUCACUCACAAGCUAUCAAUAUUUCGUGAAGCCCGUCCGGUAGCUCNGAAAAAGCGACGACUUGGUAANGACAAGAGGGAAGNCGUGCAGAACGAGGUGAACAAACUAGUAAAGGCCGGGUUCGUNCGGGAAAUCCGAUACACCACUUGGCUCNCAAACGUUGUGAUGGUAAAGAAAGCAAAUGGUCAGUGGCGAAUGUGUGUUGACUUUACCGAUCUCAAUAAAGCCUGUCCGAAAGAUAANUACCCNCUUCCCAGCAUUGACCGGUUAGUAGACGGUGCUUCGGGACACGCGGUCUUAAGCUUUCUUGAUGCCUAUUCGGGAUACAACCAAAUCCCCAUGCACGUCCCAGACCAGGAGAAAACAACUUUCAUAACGGAGCAUGCCAACUACUGCUAUGAGGUGAUGCCGUUCGGUCUAAAAAAUGCUGGCGCAACUUACCAACGGCUCAUGGACAAAGUCUUUCGGGAUCAAAUCGGGCGGUGUAUGGAGGUUUAUGUCGACGAUAUGGUGGUAAAAAGCUCUUCACAUCAACAACAUUUGAGAGACCUAGCCGAAGUCUUUCAACAGCUCGAGCGGUAUGACCUGCGAUUGAAUCCUUUGAAAUGCACCUUUGGGGUACAGGCAGGUAAGUUCCUAGGUUUCCUGUUGACCAACCGAGGAAUAGAGGCCAACCCGGAUAAAUGCCGGGCGAUUUUGGAGAUGCGGAGCCCAACGAAACUUAAGGAGGUCCAAUGUUUAGUCGGCUGCCUUACCGCCUUAUCACGGUUCAUUCCGAAGCUCUCAGACCACAUCAAGCCCAUAAUAAAGAACAUGAAGCAGAAUGUGCCCCGGCGCUGGGACGAUCAGUGUGAAGUUGCCUUCUCCACAAUAAAGAACAUACUAACGUCUCCACCGGUGAUGGCGCGACCAACGGAAGGCUUUGAUUUGCAACUGUACCUGGCGGUCUCUAAUCAUUCGGUAAGCGCCGCCCUCAUUCAAGAGUCUCCAGUUCUUAAAUUGAUUUAUUUUGUUAGCAGAACUCUNNAGGGAGCAGAAGAGCGAUAUUCCCAGGUGGAAAANGUGGCCCUAGCUUUGAUNACUGCAGNUAGAAGACUCCGACCGUACUUCCAGAGUCAUCAAGUCGUUAUCCGGACGAACCAUCCGAUCGCCAAAAUUCUCCGAAAACCGGAUCUCGCGGGCCGAAUGGUUGCCUGGUCCAUCGAAUUAUCAGAAUUCGGCCUCCUUUUUGAACCACAGGGCUCCAUCAAAGGUCAACAUCUGGCCGACUUCACGGCAGAACUUUCGCUGGCAAUCAUACCGCCCACAUGGACUUUAAGCGUGGACGGAUCCUCAGAUAAGAAAGGAGGCGGUGCUGGAGUCGUACUCGAGGGACCGAACGGUCUGCUUGUCGAACAGGCUAUAUCCUUCAAUUUUCAACUCAGUAUUAACCAAGCUGAGUACGAGGCCUUAAUCAGCGGGCUACUUUUGGCCGUGGAAUUGGAGAUCGAGCGCCUGGAAUGCCGGAUGGACUCGCAGCUAGUCGUCGGGCACAUCAAUGGCACUUUUCAAGUCAAAGAUAAUCAUCUAUUGCAAUAUUAUCAUAAGGUUAGUGAUCUGAUCAAAUCGUUUUUCAGUUUCAAUAUUGCACAUGUACCUCGAGCACAGAACUCCCGAGCGGAUCUAUUGUCUAAACUGACACACAGCCGGAAUAAAUCUCAACUAACCUCGGUGAUCCGAACCACACUGGAUAAACCAUUGUUAGAAACAUGUUCCAUUGAUCUCACCUCUUCGAAAACUGACUGGCGACGCGAAAUCAUACAACUGAUGACUCAACAGGAACAGGGCGGGUUCGUGAGUGCCUCCGACUCUAAACGAAUUGCCUGUUAUACGUUCAUCGGCGAUGACCUUUACCGGCGCGGGUAUACCACCCCACUAUUGAAGUGUCUAUCUGCAGAUGAAGGAAAAUAUGUCAUACAAGAGCUGCAUCAUGGAAUCUGUGGUACACACUCGGGAAAAAGACUACUUCAAGCAAAAAUCCUACGAGCAGGCUUCUAUUGGCCUACCAUUGAAAGAGACUGCGUAGAUUUCGUACGAAGGUGCAUCUCUUGUCAAUCUCAUGGACAUGAUACCCGAAUCCCUCCAUCCGAACUAAUGGGAAUCAUCUCCCCAUGGCCCUUCGCCCAAUGGGGGAUGGAUAUAGCCGGCCCCUUACCGAUCGGUAGUGGGCAGCGAAAGUAUCUCCUUGUGGCGGUAGACUAUUUUACCAAGUGGAUCGAAGCGGAGGCCCUCGCAACAAUUACCGCCAGAAAAGUACAGAGUUUUAUUUGGCAUUUGAUAUGCAGAUUCGGCAUUCCACAGAAGCUCAUUACAGAUAACGGUCGGCAAUUUAUAGACCGGACGCUAGAAGAUUUCCUUCGCGGACUUGGUAUUAAACAUGUUACUAGCUCGGUAGAACAUCCCCAGACUAAUGGUCAAGCAGAGGCGGCCAAUAAAGUCAUAAUUACUGAAUUGAAGAGACGUCUGGGACAAGCCAAGGGUCUAUGGGUUGAAGAACUGCCUGAAGUAUUGUGGGCCUACCGUUGCACACCGCAUGGUGCUACCGGUGAAACUCCUUUCAACCUCACAUAUGGAACGGACGUUAUGCUACCGGUCGAAGUUGGAGAGCCCUCCUUACGGCGGAAUAUACAAGAUAUGACCAUGAAUGAUCAACAAUUGAGGAUAAACUUGGACGCAUUGCCCGAACGACGAGAAACAGCCUUAAUAAAAAAUGCAGCUCAGAAAAGACUUAUCACUCAGCGUUACAACUCCAAAAUUAAACCACGCAGCUUCGCUGAGGGAGACCUAGUUUGGCGUAAACGCGGAGACGCCCGGAAAGACAAAACGCACGGGAAGCUAGCCGACAAAUGGGAGGGACCCUUUCGCGUCAAAGACGACCUGAAUAAUGGGGCGUACCGCCUGGAACAGCUUGACGGAACGACCGUUCCCAACACAUGGAACGCAACUCAUCUCAAGUUUUACUAUAGUUGA